CGCACCCGGAUGUGUUAUAUGAAGCGGAACCUAUUUCUCUCACAAAACUCACCCGAGCCACAUUAAAGAAGACGCAACCUCACGCUCUGCCGUAAUUCGCGAAGCGUUUGCGUCAGUUAAACGCCGUUGCGCUCAGGCGCUGUUCUCCGCUUACGCUGUUAGCGUACCGCCCGCUGUUCUCCACGGAGCCUUUUAUCAUAAGUGAAUUGUGUUGGUACCAUAGUACAGUCAGAUGGUAAUACCACGGUACUGUGAGAUAUAGCAUGCUACUGAGUGAUUACUGUGUGCUAUGGGUUUUGCAUAAGGCAUUAAAAGCCCAGCUGAAGCACUGAAGCUGAAGCACUGAAGCUGAAGCACUGAAGCUGAAGCACUGAAGCUGAAGCUCUGCUGUGGGGUUUCCAGCAGCUGCUGCAGUCAUGGCCACACGCAGGAUCACACAGGAGACCUUUGAUGCAGUGGUCAGAGAAAACACCCAGGAGUUUGACAUGGAGGACAGCGAAGCUCUGAAGGAGGCCAUUGAGCAGUUUGAGUCUCAGGGUGUGGAUCUCAGCUAUAUUGUUAAAGCAGUGCCCAAAGUCUGUUCUGAAGAAAACACCGAGGAUCAAACCCACGAGGUUCUUCAGGCUUUGGAGUCUCUCAAAGCUGCAGUGGCUUCAUCGUCCGCAUCUGUUCUGGAGGAUCUGAGGGUCUUCACCCAGCAGUGCUCUCUCGGCUUCGCACAGCGAUACCUGGCGGCUCAAAAAGAGGCGUAUCCCACGAUCCUCGCCUGCUGCCAGAGAGCUGCUGGAGAGAAGGAGGCCCUUUCCGUCGCUCUCGCCGCGCUCUCGGCGCUAACAGACGGCCAGCCGGAUCUCCUGGAUGUGGAAGGGCGAGAGUUUUUGAUCGGAGCUUUAACCGUGCACCAGACAGACGCUGCUCUCAGCUGUGUGUGUUUCCGCAUCGUGCGACACUUCUGUCUGAAGCACGAGAACAACCGGCAGGGUCUGGUGAAGGCAGGCGUGCUGCCACUGCUCACCGCCAGCAUUACACGCCACAUCAAACACCCCGAGGUCGUGAGGGAGGCCUGUGUCGCGCUGAGGGUCAUGACCUUUGAUGAUGACGUGCGUGUGCCCUUUGGACUCUCCCACGAACACGUCAAGAUGAUCGCGCUAGAGCACAACGGGCUGAAAGUCAUCGUUGAAGCUGCUAAAGCUCAUCCAGGGAACACCGCAGUGCUCGGUGAACUCUGUGCCACUCUGUCCCGUCUGGCUGUGAGAAACGAGUUCUGUCAGGACAUCGUAGACCUCGGGGGCCUGACGUUCAUGAUCACACUCCUGGCUGACAGUCUGGAUCGUCAGGAGCUUGUGAAGCAGGUGCUCAGCGCACUGAAGGCCAUCGCAGGAAACGAUGAUGUCAAAGAUUCCAUUGUGAAUGGCGGGGGGGCGGAGCUUAUCGUCAUGGCGAUGAACCGUCACAUGGCCAGUGCACAGGUGUGUGAGCAGGGAUGUGCGGCGCUCUGUGUUCUCGCGCUACGCAAACCCAACAACUGUAAAGUCAUCAUGGAGUGUGGCGGAGCGCUGGCGGCCCUGCAGGCCAUGAAGACUCACCCGGCUGAAGUCGGUGUGCAGGUAAAGCCGUCUGUGCGCUGUCUCGCAUGCAUCAGCAGAUGCGUUUACUCAAAGCGACUUGCAUUGCAUUUAAGGUUCCUGCAGAAAAGCAUAGAGCUACAGGAGCAGGAAUUUCUCUGA